AUGGGGUCAAUGACCUGCGGUAGAGAGGGCGUGACCGUCUUCAAUCCCAAGAUUCACAAGCCGGAAGUUCCCCUCCGCCCCAUAGUUGCCUCGAGGGGUUCCCCCACCUACGACACUGCCAAGUACCUAGCUAAAGUACUUCGACCCCUGGUGGGUCUCACUGAACACCAUGUUUCCAAUUCCACCCAGUUUGUUGACAUUACCCGCAACCUAACCCUACAACCCACUGAUAUCUUGGUAAGUUUUGAUGUGGAAUCUCUCUUCACCAACGUGCCCACAGAUGAAGCUUGCUUCGUGGCCAAGGAGAGAUUAUCACAUGACCCAUCCCUCCCUGAUCGUACUGGUCUUUCACCUGACCAAAUUCAUGAUUUGCUUUACACAUGCGUUUCCUCCAGUUGUUUUCAAUUCCAGGGCAAGUACUACGAGCAGACAGCUGGGACCUCCAUGGGAUCCCCUAUAUCCCCGGUUCUAGCUGACAUAUUCAUGGAAGAGUUCGAGUCCUCAUCACUCCUCUUCGCUGACCUCCGACCCAGCCUGUGGCUCCGCUACGUUGACGACACCAUCAUUUCAAAUCUCUCUUACUAUAAAGAUAUUAGCUGUUUUUGCAAUACUUCUCUCCUCUUGGGAUGUUACAAUGAUUUCAAUCUGUCAAAUGACUCCAAAGAUUCCUAACUGUCUG